AAAAAAUGUCCAAGUACAAAUUGAAUCCGUUAAAUAUUGGAGCGGAGGUUUUUGGUUUGGAUUUGAGUAAGCAGGUUUCAACUGAAACCAAGGAAAUCAUUAAGAAGGAUGUGUCUCAACACCGGAUCCUGGUUUUUAGAAAUCAACAGAAUAUAUCUCCCGAACGUCACGUUGAGAUCGGUCAAUGGUUCGGAGAAAUAGAGUCAACCUUCUAUAAUCAUCCAAAAUCUCCACUUAGAGAUAUAUUUAGAGUAUCAAACGAUAGAACGGAAGGGUGCACAAAUGUUGGAAGAACAGGUUGGCAUAUUGACGGUAGUUUCCAGCGUGCACCCUUCUCUCACUCUCUCUACCACAUCAUAUCCGUUCCACAAGAUGGAACCACAUCCUUCGCUCCUCUCACAGAUAUUAUAGAGACUUUGUCUCCAGAGCGUAGGGAUCUCUGGGAAAGAUUGUGGAUGGUUUCAGAACAUCAGUCCGGUCCAGUACACCCACUUAUUUAUAGGCAUCCUGAGACAAACAAGCCGGUUCUAUGUUUCCAUCUUGGUAUGACGGAAGGGUUUAUAAUGGAUUACGGAACGGAGAAGGAGAGAGAAUGCAGUACAAUAGAAAACAUGGAGAUUCUUCAACAAAUUAAGGAGGAGAUCCUUCGGAAACCGGAGAGGAUUUACCAUCAUCAGUAUAAGGACGGAGACUUUAUAAUCUCCGACAACCUGGCGGUUGGUCAUGAAGCUUCUCCGGAAACCCAACUUCCGGUUUCUCAGAUUGGGCUGAGAGUAAUGCAUAGAGUCACUGUAGCGGGGAAAACGUCACCAAAGAAAUAAAGAACAAUGUUUGAUCUGAACAGAAAAUUUUUUGGAUUCAAAUAUUAAUAUUAUUAAUAUACUUUUAUUGCACGAAUUAUAUUGAUUUUUCUAUAAA